CUAUACAAAUUAAUGAAUGAAUUAAACAACACAUUUAUAGAAAAUAUACCAAUACUACUAAAAAGGAUUAAUAAAAACUUGAACGUUAAAGUAAUAUAAAUAAUUGAACUCUCAUGUGUACAUUUUCAAUCCAGUCUCAUGAGUCGUCAAAAUAAUAGUCAAAGUGAUAAUAAAACAUCAGAUGAAGGAGAAGCUCAAAAUAAAUUUGGCAGCGCUAAAACUAUUAAUUCUGAUCAAUAUCUUCAAUACACAGUAAUUAGUAGGAUGACUCAUGGGAACGCAAAAGUAACUUUCACCGCUUUGAAGGUUCAUUCAGUAUAUCAUUGGCUGAUUAUUUUGGCACAGGAGAUUCUUUCAUUGAUUUCUUCUACUGCUUCUUUAUCAGCUCGUUUUCGCGGAGGAUAUGCUGGUGUAAUUGAUUUGAACGACGAUGUACGCAAAAGUGUACAUUAAGAAAUAAAUAAUUGCA